AGAGAAACAGGACAACGAGAAGAUAGAUACGAACUUCAGCCACAGAGCACAACAACAAGAAGAACAUUAAGACCAUCAUACAAGCAAAAGACAAUGAACAGCAAAGUUACUCUCGCCGUCUUGAUUCUCUUUGCACUUUAUGUGGCUUCCACCCAAGCUGCAUCUCUCAGACAAGCAGGAGUGAGCUUGCGCUGUCAAUGCAUUAAUACAAUUUCCAAAUUCAUCCAUCCAAAACACAUGGAGAAUGUUGAAAUUAUUCCAAGUGGCCCACACUGUUCAAAUGUUGAAAUCAUUGCAAUCCUUAAAAAUGGUUCUCCAGUGUGUCUGAAUCCUGAAGCCAUUUGGGUGAAGAAGAUCAUUGAGCUGAUGAGCAAACGUUCCAAGACUGAUGACGCUCAGUAAGGGGAUCUCAAUGGCUGAGUGCCGAGAAGGGGACACCUGUCCAAAAUGAGUCUCUAUUCUAACAUUUACAGAUCUUUAACCAUCAUGUUCAAGCCUGUCAUAAACUUGUAACAUAGCGGGACUGUCUGACUGAUGUAAAGCAAUGUAUUUACAAUCACAUGAGGGGACAUGUUGCAUUACAUUUACCAUUACAUUUUUAUUAUCCCCUUAAUUGGCUGGCCAGCGUGAAAUGGUUUCUGGGCCUGAUCGUGGGUGUGGUCGGCUUCCCAAACGCCCCCACCUGCCCCCACCAAGCCCGCACACCAAGGGCAAAAUUCUGCCACUGCAGGUAAAUUACUGGACUGUGUAGACGGUACAACUUUGAUCCUGUUUUCAAAUCGGCGUACACUUGCUGCCAGAUUAACGUGUCAGAGUGUAGUUACUCACUGGAAAUGAAGCUCACAAUUUUGACGUGGCAUUUUUUCAGUAUUGUAAUUUUGAUCUUUAUUGUAAUUUAUUUGAGUUGCAAUUUAUUUAUUCUCAUUGAUAUUUAUGCUGUCCUAAAAAAGUUUAAUUCCCUAUGUAUUUAUGUUUUGCCAUGAAAGCAUUUGGUAAAUUUGUUAACACGAAAAUAUGUGUGAGGAAAUAAUCUGUAAUUUAUAUUUAUUAUAAAUUGAUAAGACAUUUUUAUUUAAAUAAAGCAAGUAUUAUUUUCUGUAUGUGUUUUACAAUAUCAA